GAGUGGAUCAAACGAAAAAAAAAGAAACGCGAAACAGCGCUAAAAAUAUAAGCAAUGAAGUCAUAUGCAGCAACGUAGAAACACAAGAAACAUUGAAGUGCGUGCCAGCUUCUCGUUCUCCUAGCCCUCGAGUGGUUAGUCAACGUCGUGUAGGGCAGUUAAAUACAACAAAGUGCUUACGAGUUUUGGUUCAAGCAAUUGCAUUUCAUCUUGCCUGCGGAGAGUGAAGCAAAACGAUCGAAAUCGUCUUCGUUCAGACCGAGCAGCUUGCAUAGCUUCUUCUAGAACGAGUUUAUUACAAAGAUGAGCAAAGACGGCCCACCACCGUACGGGUUUGUCCCGCCACAGUCCGCUCCGCCGAGCUACGCGCAAGCCGUAGGUGGCGUCCCACCGUCUGCCCCCUUUACGCCACAGCAGCCCAUUCUGACCGGUGCACAGAUUGUGACCACCGUGGUCCCCAUAGGGCCCCAGUCGACCCACAUGAUAUGUCCGAGCUGCCAUGCAGAAAUUAACACUCAGACGACGACAUCGCCGGGCAUGAUAGCUUACGUUUCCGGAUUUCUGAUCGCUUUGUUCGGAUGCUGGCUAGGAUGCUGCUUAAUUCCGUGCUGUAUCGACGAGUGUAUGGACGUACACCAUACAUGUCCUCACUGUAAGGCGUACCUGGGACGACAUCGAUAAUAAGCUGAUCCGGUCGACACAUCGAAUCUCUUUGGAAGGAGGGUAGCCGUGGCAUGGCACUACGGUGGCAGCUGCACGUCCGUCAGUGUACCGUCGGUGCACCAGCAAAACUCUGUGCCGUCUGUGUGUGCUUAAUGAUUCCAAAUAUUCAGAAACUGCUUCGAAACACGCCUGUCGGUCCGGUGUCCCCCCUCAUGUGUUCUCGGUUUAACUACUAUAUACUACUACCACGAAACAAGUUCAAUGCAUCACAUACGCAAAAACCCUACACGAGGUGUAACAAUCUUCGGUAGCAUGUUUCGAAAUAAGCUGAUGCAUUCAUUGAAACCACUAGCAGCUACUCACGGGCGCGCGUUACAUGUGCCGUUUCAGGGGUUCGGUUCGAUGCAAAUCAAAUCUCACAACUAUUUGAUGUGUGUUUGUGUGUAACGCAAGUUAUAGGAUGUCGAUAGUUAAUAACGAGUAUCCUUUGUCCACUAAAAUUUCUCGUAUAUCAUUCGGUUAUUUAAUUCUCAAAUGAAUAUUUACCUCUUUCUGUUGUAUUUAAUGUUUGUUCUACCAUUUUUUAUGUAAUUCAAUUUACAAAGCAUGGCUAGGUGUUUCGACAAACUUAACGCAGUUUAAUCCUUUCCGUAAACACCAGCGUCCUAUGACAUUGUGUUCUUACAUAGUUCUACUAAUACACGGCUAUUAGAUACGGAAAUCAGGUGAAAUUUAGGUAAAACGGUAUGUGCCAUGCAGUUGGCGAGCGAAUUGGAAAUCCCCCUCCCAGUUAGUUAUGUUCAAUUGUUUUGAAGGUAAACCAAAAACCGAUCAUUGACUACAAUAAAAUAGCUCCGAAUUGAAUCCAUCACGAAUCUUAAUGUAACGCUAGGAAAAGGUUAUCUAAUAAACCAAAAUGAUAUUAA